GCAACAGACUAACAUAAAUUCAAGCCAAUGAAGCAAAGCAAGCAAAAGCAAAUGUGUUGUGUCGUUGAGUAAAUCAAAGUUUAUUUGUAAUUUCGCACAUACAUCAAAAAUGGAAACUUUUUAAAGUAGAUUUACUUAAUUGGAUCUAAAGAUUUUAAUAAAAUGAAGUGCAAUAUAUCUUUUGUGAGCAUCUCAUUGUUUCUACUUCUAAUAAAGGAAGCGACUUGUCUAAAUAAGCGAUGCAUUAGGUGCAGAUCUCGUGGUGAACUUGGCCCAUGUGGUGAUCCAUUUCCAUUCAAUGUGACGGAACCUGAGGCUGAAGCUGGAAUUCAUGUCAUGGCAUGUUCUUCAGGAUGGUGUGCUAAAAUGAUUGAAGGGACCACAGGAACUUUUAGAUCAGAUGAUUACGGAGCUGCAACAGAAAGAAUGUGCCUUCAAAGGCCUCCAAGUGACUAUGAAGAACGUUGCGCCUACACAAUGUGGAAUCACAAGAAAGUCUACAUGUGCUUCUGCAAUGGAGAUCUGUGUAAUUCUGCAAUAACUAAAACAAUAUUCACUCCUUUGAUUUUAUUACCUGUUUUUACAAUAAUCUACAACUUUUUAAUAUGAUUACAUAAAUAUAUAUAUAUAUAUAAAUAUAUAUUUUUGUAUCUGUUUCAGUCUGUUUUGUAAAAAUAUUGAAUUUAUUUUGUAUUCAGAUCAGACUAUGAAACACUUAAUUUCAAAAUGUCAUUUUCUAAACAUUCCUUUGCAUAUAGUGUAAAGUUUAUCUAAUUAAAAGUUGAUGAUUCAUUUUUCACCCUCUUAACAGUUCCGUAUUUAGGAUAUAUUUUUAUACUUUUUUUAUAUUUUUACAUUUAUGUACUUAUUUGUAAGUAUGCUACGUUUAAAUGAAAAAAUAAAAUAUAAUUGUAUUAUAAGAAUUUGUAAUUUGUGUUACAUGUUAAGUUUAAAAUUUCAAAUUAAUUUUAAUCUAAUUUUUAUUUGUUCUUAGUCAUGUUGGGACUUCAUAUUUUUGGGGAAUUGUACUUAUUUAUAAAUUAAUAAAAUUUAAUGUGAAAUUGAUUUUAUAUAGUACAAUAUUCAGAUAUAAUAACUGUGCUUAUGAUUUCGAUAGUUAAUCGUUUUCAACAUUAUAUACUCAUAAAGUAAUGGCAAGGUGCUAGUUGUAAAUUUUAUAUGUGAUGUAGAUUAGUCUAUUACUUCAAUGAACCAUGUUAUUUCAUUGAACUGACAUGUAAAUUAGAUAUUGUAUAUUGUGUUUUUCAUUAUAUUAGUAACACAAUGUUACCAACUGGAAUUAAUUGUAAUUUAUAGCAUACCAACGUAAAAAGAGGAUUAAAGUGGUAAUCAAAAUAAUUAAGCAUAUAAUAUAUUUAUAUGCAAACAGCGGUGAUAUUUUUUUUGUAACUUCAGUUUAGUUCAAAUACGUCACCCUGUUAUCAAAGCCUAUCUUCCCUUUUGUAUUAUAAUCGAACAUAAUUGCAAAUAGUGAAUAGCCCAAGUUAUACUAAGGGUCUUGCUCUGGCCGUAUUGUUAUGCUAUGUUGGAUUUAAGGUUUUCUAAAAACUUACAAUUAUUCUAGAUACUUUUCUCAUAAUGUCAAAUGUUUUUUAGUAUACAGGACUUGUUUGUAUACUCUAUUGUAUAACACAUAAAAGAAGCAACAUGAUUGUGGUAGACUUAAAAUGGAUUUUUUUAAUAUCGGUUUA